GUGAGGUAUAAAGUUUCAGUAACAUAUCCCUAGAGCCAGUGGUGGCUCCGGCUGUAGAGGUGGUAGCUCCAAUUCCUCAUAUUCUUCAUGACGGAGGACAAAUAGCACUAAUGGAGAAAGUCAACGAAACAGCUACUCAGUUGUCAGUUCUAAGUGUUAUUCGCUGCUUCAUCAUCAAAGAGCAAUUUGCAAAAAAAGUAAGAGUCAACUGUCCCCCGGACCUCACAAAGUUCUCCGUCCAUGUUUGACCUACAAUAAAUCCAGAUGCGGGAAAGUAUGCUGUUGUGAUGAGUCCCACCAUUAUGGGGCGGGGUUGGGUCAGCCUCGAUGCAGAUUCUGUUUUACCUAACCGUCGUCCUAUGAAUUUCAUAAUCUGGAACUGCAGGGGUUCUCAUUCCCCGGAGUUUAAUAUUAACUUUAGGCAACUCCUUGAUUAUCACCAACCAGCUUUGGUAGUACUCUUAGAGACUCGUCGGGUCAAUCAUCUUCCGCUUGAUCAAGAUUUCAAUUUCUCGAAUGUGGCUGCUAUGCCAGCCGCGGGUCAAGCUGGAGGUAUUGUUGUUCUUCGGCAUGGUCAUCUUCUUACUGUUACUCAUGCGGAUCUUACUCCACAGGAGAUCCACUGUUUUGUCCAGGUUCUUCAUCACACUGCUGAAUAGCCCUACUAUAGGGCAUAUCUAUAGGGAGCAGAAUUCUCUAGCAGACACCUUGGCGACUUUAGCAACAGGCCAUGAGCCACUGUCUUCUCCACGGCUUUUUUGGGAUCCACCACCAGUAGUUGUCAAUAUUUUGUUUAGGGAUCAAAGGGGGGAGCCAACAAUACGUAUGGCGAACUCAUCAACUGCUGGACUAGCAUCGGUGUUGCUUAGUAAUAGUUCUAUGGUUGUAAAUAUUCCUAGUUUGACUACUAACUCUAUUGCCUGUAAUAUGGUGGCUGGGCCACAACAAAUUGCUCCCCUGUAGUUGUUUGUUACAUAUAUAAUAUGGAUCUGCUUUACCAAAAAAAAAAAAAAAAGGUC